ACUUUAAUAACACAGUCCUGCCUCAAAUAGUCAGGCUGCCAGAGAGCAUGCUGCCUUUUAAGUGAAGGAGUGAAGGAGUGACGGGCUGUAAUUUGAGAGUCGGAGAGAGGGUAUCAUUAGCCUAAACGUAGAGCGGUGCAUGAGCACUGCAGAUGUUGAAAGCAACCAAGGACACAAGCAAAGUCUUUUUAAAUCAAAUCAUCUCUUGUCGACGCAUCUCACAUUUAUUUUCUGAAUUACGCGGGACAUUUUACUAAAACGCGUAGACUACGGCUCUGCGCUCCUAAUUCUCAAAGAAAUCAAAGGGACAGCACCAAAGGGAAGACUGCUUUAAUAGCCUAUUUGUUUUGCUGGGACUUGCAACUUGGUGAAUCGCUCUUGGAUAGACUACCUGUCUUCAGAUUUGGAUAGCUUUUGAAAAGCUAUAACAAAUAGCAGUGGAUGGAUUCUCCUAGUUUCUGACUGGACAGACCUUAUCAGUGAACCGGUCCUUCAGACGAGUUCUCCGAAUUGUGGGAGUUUAGUGGAGCGGGUUAUAGCCUACGAUGGCUUCUCUCCCCUUAAUACUAACUGCUUGGUUAGUUACGCUGCACCUUUGUAGCGCAUUUUUUUCGGGACCCUUGUAUCCGGAGAUGUCUAAUGGCACUUUUCAUCAUUACUUCGUUCCAGACGGCGAUUACGAGGAAAACGACGACCCGGAGAAGUGUCAGAUGCUUUUCAAAAUGACAGACGACAGAAAAUGCGGUCUGGAUGAGAACCAGGAUUCAGUCAUCCGUGAUGAUUUCACGAUUAUUAAGCGUCAUAUAGAGGACGCUGCCAGAGUUCUGGAGGGGAUUGGAAAGAGCAUCUCCUACGACCUGGACGGAGAGGACAGCUAUGGGAAGUAUUUAAGAAGAGAGACAACGCAGAUAACCGAGGCAUUCACUAAUUCCGAGAAAUCACUGUUGGAACUUGAAGUGAAAUUCAAACAGAGUCAAGAGAACGAACUCAAAGAAGAGCAUCGCAUCAAUGACGACUUCUUGAACAUGAUCGUUCACACCAGGGACGUGUUGAAAGAGACUCUGGACAUUUCACUUGGGCUGAAAGACAAACAUGAGCUGCUGUCUCUUAUCAUCAGGAGUCACGGGACCAGACUAAGCCGGCUGAAAAAUGAGUAUAUGAAAGUCUGAGCCAAGCUGAGCUCAUGUAUUUUGAGGGGAUUGCAUACCCUGACAGAGAAUUAAUCAAUUUGCAUUGAGUUCAGUGUGGAACCCAAACUGUUUUGGCAGGAUCAUGGCUUAACAAAUGCCAGAGUGGUGCAGCAUGAUCUAAACUAAAUACCACAGAUGUUUACAGCAGGAAUAACAAGCAAACAUCUGGCACCUCUGCCCAUCAGAUCAGUGCUGGAGAAGUGUAAGCAAACGGCUACAAUGGGAUAUCUAUACUGCCAAAAUGACCUUUAUUUAAUAAGGUAUUAUUAUUGGUGUUAUUUUCUAUUAAUAAUAACAUUAGAGUAUUAAUUAUCAUAAAGGAGUUGAGGUUAUGUUGUAGCCUAUCUCUAUCUUGUUAUGAAUCAUGUUAAUAAAUCCUUCAAAUGUAGGCCUGUGUGUCUCGUGAGGAUAUUGUGUCAUACAAAUGUGCUUAUUGAAAUGUAAUACUGUGAGUGUAUAUUUUUAUGUGGGAUAAAAUAUAUUCUUGAUGUCAAAUUGUGCAUCAUUAUAGUAAAAUGUAUAUUCUUGUGAUGGUAUAAUGUUUUCGGGUUACUGAGAAAUCGUAUGACUGGGGUGACAAAUCCCAAGACCAACCAAGAUGACUGCGGGCAGGAAUAUUGGACUUCAAAUACUCAAAAGGUGUUUAUACAUUCCUGAGAGGUUGUCCUGUUAAUAUAAUAAAGUCUUCAAGCUUA